AUAUACCGCGUCGAGUCCAGCGCGCGCGUUCAGUUCUCCCCUAGUUUUCGUCGAGUGAAUUUCGCGAAAAUUGAAUGGAUUCCCGUGUGAUAAUGCCCCAUAAUAUCGAAAAAACGCGCAAAACACGUAUGAAAUUCGAAAAGGACCGCCAGAGUGUUGCCAACUUAAAGCGCAUGCGCCGCCAAUUCCCCUAUACGAGUCAGUAGCGCGCUGGAUUUUGCCGAAAACGAAAUGGAGAAAAUUGUUGCGGGUUUUUUGAGUAGUCCGACUGUUCUCGUCGCGAUUUUUUUCGGCGGGAGUGUUUUAUUGCUAUUUUAUAUUUUAAAAUUGUUCAAAAUCGAGCACGACGAACAGCAUCAAAAUGAGCCAGUGUCGGGGCCAAAGAGAGAUCCCGUCGCUAAAUCGAAGAAAAAACCCACGUGGAACCGCUCUGAUAAACCGCAAAAUUUCACCAAUCCGUGGCUGCUCAAAACGCUCAAAAGCCACACGGGACAAGUACUCAACAUCGAUUAUUCGGCCUCCGGGAAAUAUCUAGCGUCUUGUGCCGAAGAAGACCCUCCCGAGAUGAACCCCGAUUCGAACAAGGAGAAUCUCCCGGUGGAAUCCAGCCCUCGCAGCAAGGGCUUAUCGCGCCGCCAACGGAAAAACCGUCGUCCUAACUCCCCCGACGCCAAGAAAAAAUUCAAAACGGAACCUCUGAGGCAGUGCCUCAAGUUUAACAUAUCAGAGCGUGCAUUCGCCGACUUGUUACACCCUCAUUUGCUCACCUACGAGCAGCUGUUUGUGAUGGGGUACCCCGUGCAUUCGCCGUCGCACAACAAUUCGGUCGUUUUCUUCAAUUAUAGCCACUUCAGGCCACCGAGAUUCGACGUCAACGCGAGAGAAUUCGUCCCCAAUGGGGGCGGCUACGACAGCCAUAGUUCGAGCGAUUCGAGCGAAUCGGAGAGCUCGGGCUCCGAACCAGACUACGACCCUUCGAAGGACCAGGGCAUUGAACGGACCUGUGUGAGGUGCGGCCGCGGCUUUUUCACCACCAAUAAAGAGUAUCUCACUCAGGAGAGAUGCAAUUAUCAUUGGGGGAAGUUGCAUACUGUUGAUGCACUCGCGACUUACUCGUGUUGUAAGGGCAAGCCGGGCUCGGUCGGCUGUGCCACGUGCAAACUCCACGUGUGGAGCGGAGUAGUUAGUGGGAUUAACGGCCCCUGUGAGGGCUUCGUCAAGACGAGACAAAAGAAGUCGAUCCCGAGUGAUGGCAACUACGGGGUGUAUGCCCUCGAUUGUGAAAUGUGUUACACCGUCGCGGGGUUGGAAGUGACAAAAGUCACAGUUGUGGCAAUGGAUGGCCGAUUGGUGUAUGAUACUUAUGUCAAGCCCAAAAAUGAAAUCGUUGAUUACAACACCCGAUUUUCGGGGAUUACCGCGAAGGACUUGAAGCCGAGUGCUACAAAAACUCUCAAAGAAGUGCAAAAUGAUAUGAGGGGGUUUAUCAGUGCUGAUAGUAUUCUAAUAGGCCAUGGUCUUGAAAACGACCUAAGGGCCCUCAAACUUGUGCACAAGACUGUUGUGGAUACCGCUUGGUCUUUUCCCCAUUACAACGGUCUCCCGUAUAAGCGCUCGUUGAGAUCUCUGGUGUCCACGUUUUUGAAACGCGAGAUUCAAAGUGGCCCCCAUAACAGUUACGAGGACGCUUGCGCCUGCAUGGAGUUGAUGUUGUACAAAGUUAGGAAAGAAAAUAAAGGUUAUAAAAUCAUGUGACAUUUUAUCAUGUUUUAUUUAUUAAACGCGUCAUUUGUCAUUAUUGUGAUAUCGUGUUCCUAGUGAAUCUCAUUAAGUGAUAUUUACGCAGGAAUCAAUGCAAGUUUUUAUGUUUUUGAUUACUUAAUAAGGACGUAAUUAUUUUAAGUAAGUGUACAAAGUGGUUAAGUCUUAAAGUUCCUAGCAACUUUUUUUACAUUUUGUACGUAUUGUAAUUCAGCCAGUUUGCCACUCGAUUAUUGUGAAAUAGUAUUAUUUUGUAGACUUAAGUUAUUUGUGUUCAUUUGUUUUGUUGUUUGUUAAAAAAAUAAUAUGAAAAUAUGAUAAAAAUAGGCAAAAAGGCUGUGUUGAAACGUGAUACAGUUGUAUCUAUUUUUAAUAAACCGUUUUUUAAUUAA